AUGUCGACUGACCGUUUGUCUUCUUGCCAAACCUUAGCCUACGGGUGUGAGACUGUUGAGAAGAUGAAUGAGGGAACGUCAUACGCAGACCCUGCUCGAGUCCAAGCUGUUCGAAUCCAAAUUGAGGCGCGAAAGAAGCGCAUCGCCGAGCUCCAGCAACGAAUUGGUAGUGCCGCACCUCCACCAAAGGAGGUUCCAGGCGGUCCUUCCUAUGCUUCUGGUGAUGGUGAAUACGUUCCUGGAAACCCCAAGGAUUCUUUAUCCCGUCACCCACUUGGGGAGGUUGGGUCUAAGCCUCGAUCGGACGACAGUCUGGGUGGAACGACACCGGAGUAUGAGAGUUACUGGCGUGUUGAAGAACGUGAAGCAAAGAAACAGGCCAAGGCAUUGGCCAAUUGUGAGGGUGACAAUGACCAAAAAAAAUUGAAGGAGGUUCCCUCAAACGUCACUCCUGGUGAAGGGUCCACAGGGAAGGGCAAAGAGCAUGAGGUCAAGGAACCAGAGGGAUGUGCUGCUGAUCCUGUUCCCAAGGUCAAAGGUGAGGUCAAGGGUACAUGCAGGCAACCGGAACAAGGUGAGAAGGGGCAUGCUCCAGGUGGAGAUGGUGUUGACAGGGAGCGUGGGGAGGGGCAUGCCCCACCCUCCGAUGCCAAUGAAAGUGACUCUGAUGACUCUAUCCCCUUGGGCUACUCACCGUCCUCCCGAGCGCCAACCCAAAAGAAGCCUUCGAAGUUUGACAAGUACUACUAUAAGCUUCGUCGAUAUGUGAACGCUGAUGGCUCCAGGGCUAUUUGUAAAGCAAGUAAGGACACCCUUCAGCUCUGGAAGACGGAGGAUGGUGAAAAACUCAAGGCUUUGCUGGCCCAGCACGAGGAUUUCAAGAAGAUGGAAUUGGCCGUCUCCAAGUGGGUCAAGAGCACGAAAAAUGAUGGUAAAGCAGGGAAGUGGAUCACGAAGGACAUGGUGGAGAAAUCAUGGCGAUGGGCCGCUGCCCGUGGCCGAAUCAGAACUAAUGAAAUGCAUGGUGUGGAGGAGGCCAAGCUGGUCUUAGAAGAAAAUUUUGCAGAGAACACCGAGACCGGAGAGAUGAACCAUCUUGAAAGCAACGGGCUCUUUGAGGCUAGGUUUGUUUUCAGAAAAUCUAGGCAACAUGAUGGUGAAUUCCGUACUCUUACUCUGAACCACUGCUGCGUAACACCCAACUUAAUGGCAGGACACCGAUGGCGUCCUGUUGGAUGCAACAGCACCCUCUGA